AUGACUCGUAACUCAUCCGGAGGACCGCCCCAAACGCCUCGUCGCUCUGGAUCCUGGUUCACCGGCACCCGUCCGGUUACCCCGGGGUCUCCCAUGCGUCUGUCGACACCCUUGCCUCCCACACCUUCCCCUUCUGCUCCCCAGUCUCGACGGCAUGCCUAUCAUCAGGCAUGCGCUGAUCCGGACUAUCCUCCCGAAUUUCUCCCCCCUCGCUAUCAAUCUCAGUCUGGAUCAACCGCCUCGAAGAGAUCCCCGACCACUGAGCCGCAGACUCCGAGCUCCAGACCCACGCCGGUCUCUGCUGGACAUCAGGAGGAACCUUAUAAAGGGUCUCGUCGGGACGAAAGGACUGUCGGGAAGGAGUGGAGGCCAACGCCGUGGGGACCUCCAGAGCCGUAUGGCAAUUCGUAUCUCAUCGGAAGCCCUCUUUCGGGCAAGCCUGAUCCCAAAGGUGACCAGACCUCUAUGAUGGUCAUUCCUCAUGAGCGUCAGGUCCAGAACCACGCCUGGGGUCUGCACAAUCCAGAGAAUUGGUACUACGACGCUCCUUUGCAUCCAGAUGGAAAGCGCCACGUCCUCCCGCACAUUUGCUUCUUCGACCCUCGUCCAGAGAAUUCUAUAAAUCUAGUGACCUUCGGGAUGGUCGUCGGUUUCCCGUCUCUUUACUGGAGAGAACUUCCUCCUGCCUUGAUGAAGAUCAAGCCCCCCAUCCAGAAUCGUUUCAAUAAACCCCUGAAGGGCCAACCCUUUCUUACGAUGCGUGAACGUAGCACCGCUGCCGACCGUGUCCUGAACGAAGGAUUUCACUUCCACUUCAUGUCAACUACUACCACCGGUCCCGACUCCACUCCCGAAUGCUGCACUGUGAUCUCGAGAAACGUGUGGGAAUGUCUGGAGAUCAUGGGUGCUCUGGAGCAAAUAAAUCAGAUCUUCCGGAGGAAGCUGAUGUUUGCUGCUCGAGACUACCGCACGAGGCAGUUUGGCAAGUUCAACAAUUCCGGCAAUCAGGUUGAAGUCAACACGGUCGUGACCGAUGCCGAAUUCGACACUAUUGGUCCGGACUUGCCUUCUUUCGAUCCACCUCGGUCCCGACAUGGCCUCUCCGGUGCGGAAAGGAGGCCUCCUCGGUUUGCCCCACGCCUCACCGUUCCCGAUGACCCUUGGUACUGGCCCACCCUUCCCGAUACCAUCCGUGCGGCCAUCCGGACAUUCGAGUUGGAGAACCAUCUUCCCGGAGAUGAUGCCAACGAUUAUCUACUCCGGAAGGCCGUGGUAACGGCGUAUUUCUUCCGGAACCCUCGCAGCUGGGCAGAAAGUCUGUCUCCCGUUCUGAAGGUCGAGACCCGUCACAAAGGGGUCUUCCGGACCUUCGACUAUGGUACGAUCCUGAGAGCAAUGUAUCAGGCGAAGUUUUUCCACUGGGCUGAUCAUGGCAUUGUCGGGACGGGAGAGGGUCUCUUUUUCGAGAGGAAUGAUGAUGACAAUGUCCCUCAUAAAGAAGAGGAUUUGUAUUCGUAA